AUGCCGGUUCCUCUUGCCCCUUACCCAACCCCUCCUGUGCCCUUCACACCACCCGCUCCCAAUGCAGGGGCUCAAAGCCAACUUGUCUGCUCCGGGUGCCGGAAUCUGCUCAUGUAUCCUGCCGGCGCAACGUCGGUCUGCUGCGCAGUUUGCAGUACCGUGACCGCUGUUCCGGCUCCCGGGACUGAGAUGGCGCAGCUAGUUUGCGGGGGAUGCCACACUCUUCUCAUGUACAUACGCGGCGCCACAAGUGUACAGUGUUCUUGCUGCCACACUGUCAACCUGGCAAUGGAAGGUAUAUCGACCAAAGCUUUUAUUUCUCUCUCUCUUCCUGGGUUGCAAGUGGUAUAUGCUGCUGGUUUUGAUUCCCUUUUCGAAACGAUGUUGACAUUGAUUCGUGUAUGCAAAACCCUCCUUCUGAGCAGAAUGUAUUCUGAGGUUGGAAAAGCUCUAGCAAUCAGUCGAUAA